CAAAAACGACUACCUCUAAACAACACCUAUUUUUCAGGAAUAAAAAUAAAUACAAAAUAAACUCCAAGCAAUAGUCACUUCAGAAUAACGGCCAUUUUUUAUGUUCCCUUCAGUGGUCUUUAUUCAGAGUAAACGACUGCGAAGUGUCUAAUUGGGGCCAUUGGACAGAAUGCAGUAAUCAAUGUGGAGUGGGAGUAAUGGCUAGAACUAGGAAUAUUUUACAACAAACGAAAAACGGAGGUCAACCCUGUCCCGAAUUACAACAAUCUCGGGGUUGUAUUGGAAAUAAUUGCGAAAGAAAGUCAUCUGGCAAAAUAUUUAAAGAAACCGCUCUUAUUUUAUCAGCAAAAUUUUCUUUCAUGAGAUCAUUGAAUAAUACACAAGAUAUACGUCAUAAUUUGAGAUUAAAAUAUCCAUCAGAUCCCGUAGAAAACAGCAAAGAAUAUUGCAUUAUUUUCGAGAUAUUAAAACUGAAGAAAGGUUGUUCAAAUCAAGAUGAUACUUUCAAAUUACUGACAAAAGGAUCUAAAGUAUGUGUAUCGUGUGAACGUGCUGCUAUGAGAAAACAUCUGGGAUAUCGUUGCAAUGGUGAUGGAUUCGAUGGAAAAUCAUCCAGAUGGAUCUCUUUAGCUAAUCCUCGUUGUCAAGGUCGUUGGAUAAGGCGUGAAAGACAAGAUGGAUGUCCUUGCGAUAACAAUGAAACACCACAUUUUAUACUUGUUUAACAAAAACAUUCAAAAUUUGAUUUAUGUUUAAUUUUCUAUUAUAGAUAUUCCUAAAAUAUUCACGAUUUAUGCUUUAAAUCCAUUUUUGUACAUUACAUUUAUAUGACAUACAUUUUAAUUAUAAAUAUCUAUAUUACUUGAACAAAGCAUUGGUGAUUUUAGAUUCAUAUUCUUAUAAUAAAAAUGCCUAAGGGAAAUUUGCUAUUAAUAUAUGUAAAAUUAUUCAACUCCAUAAUUUAAAAUAUAAAAAUACACUCUCAAGUACAGUAUACAUUUCUCGGUUUUCAAUUAUCAAAUAAUAAAUUUAAAACAAAAAAUUCUUAAAUUAAUUUAUUUUUCUCUUAUAUUUCUAGACAUGGAGUUGAAAGUAUAGUUUUGUAUAUCGUUGAAGAAAAAAUAUUAUGAUAAAAUUUAUAUAUAAAUAUAAAAAU